CAUCGUAGGAGCGAGAUCAAAGAGACGCAUCAUUAGCUUAAGCAGGCGGAGGAGCGACGCCGAAGAGAAAUUGGGGAAACAAAAUCUUUACGACUAAAAUCAGAAACGAAAUCGUCCAUAUCGAAGCAGCGUUCCAAACCCAAGCCAUAGGCGGGAAAUUUUUUAGUACUACAGGUACAUAUUAGCUCUUAAACAGUUGAACCGCAUUCAAGUUCCCCAUUCCUCGGUUUAAUCAGGAUCAAAAGCCAUGGAUGAUGCAUUUACCAUUCAAAUAAGUGGAAACUUAGUCAAACAGCUAGCAGACAACACCAACAAGGUAAAGAAAAAAACAAGAAAACCAAAACCCAAAACUCCCCAACAACACCCAAUCCCUCCACCACCCCCACCACCACCACCACCAACUGCCGCCACAUGGCCGCCAAUGUACCUCCCAAUUCCACCACCUUCACCACCUGAAGUGAAUGCCAUUCGUUCUGUUCUUGAAGACAGUGAGAGGGUUUUGGAAAAACUACAAAAGCAAGAAGAUGCAAUGUUGUUUGAAGUGACACAAAAGGCAAAAGAGCUUCAUGAAAAAGAGUUUAAGCUUCCGGAAGCAAAACCUAUGCCAUGUUUGACCGAUUUGACCGCUUGUUUGGAUUGCUAUAAAGAAAAUGUCAAAGACCCGUUGAAAUGCAGUACCCUUGUCAAGAAUUUUGCAGAUUGUGCUCGCACUAUAAGGCAACAGAUUCGUGAAUUAAAGUAAUAAAAACUUUUUACAUGUUUUUGACUUGAGAUAAUAACUUAAAAUUGUUGAAUCAAUUGAACAAAUAUUUGUGUUUUUGUAUGGAAUGUUUUUGGAGACUGGAGUUUUGUACUCUUAUUAAAAGCAUGGAAUUAUUGCUUCAUAUAUUGAUUGUGAACCACAUUAAAGAA